CGUCACGUGACACACCCCCCCCCCCCCCGCGGCUCAGGCCGAGGGAGGCCGCAGUCUCUGCAGCUCGGCCGCCGCCAGCUUGUCCCCGCUGUCCUUGGCCGGCCGGCCCGGGGGCACGGUGCCCUCCGGCCCCGGCGGGGGACAAAGGUACGCCUCCCGCCCGGGUCCGCAACAUCCCAGCUCCAGUAUCCAUGUCCUCCCUCUGACCUGGCCCCUCGACCCCAAAUCCUGCCAUGGCCCGAGGAGACGCCCCAGAGGACGGCUACUACCUGGUCGGGACCAGCUUCUUUAUCCUUGGAUUGGGGACUCUGCUGCCCUGGAACUUCUUCAUCACUGCCAUUCCGUACUUUCAGGCUCGGCUGGCUGUUGUCAAUGUCACAGAGGAGCCCUCUGGAGCCAACAUCACAAGCCCUGGGGACGCUUUCAACUUCAACAACUGGAUGACUCUCCUGUCCCAGCUGCCUCUACUGCUCUUCACUCUCCUCAACUCUUUCCUUUACCAGUGCAUCCCAGAGAUAGUACGCAUCCUUGGCAGCCUCCUUGGAAUCCUAAUGCUCUUCAUCCUGACUGCCGCAUUGGUCAAAGUGGACAUGAGCCCUGAGCUCUUCUUCUCUAUCACCAUGGCCUCCAUCUGGUUCAUCAACUCUUUCUGCGCCAUCCUCCAGGGCAGCCUCUUUGGGCAGCUGGGAGCCAUGCCCCCUACCUACAGCACCCUUUUCCUCAGCGGCCAAGGCUUAGCAGGGACCUUUGCUGCUCUCGCCAUGCUGAUGUCCAUGGCCAGUGGAGUAGAUGCCCAGACCUCUGCCCUGGGCUACUUUAUCACCCCGUGUGUGGGAAUCCUCGUCUCCAUUGUCUGCUACCUGUCUCUGUCCCACUUGGAGUUUGCCCAAUACUAUCUGGACAAGAAGAUGCCCCACCCACAGGCAUAUGAGCUGGAGACCAGGGCUGAGCUGCUCCAAGCUGGUGAGCCAGAUGAGAAGAAUGGCUUUCCAGGGAGUCCCCAAAAAGCAAGGCUGGCCCUGGAGCUGGAGCCAGAGAAGGGGCCCAAGCCUCAGAAGCCUUCAGUCUUCGUUGUCCUCAGAAAGAUCUGGGUGAUGGCUCUGUGUAUCGUGCUGGUGUUCGCAGUCACCCUGUCCGUCUUCCCGGCCAUUACCGCCAUGGUGACCAGCUCCAGGGGCCCUGGAAAGUGGAGCAAGUUCUUUAACCCCAUCUGCUGUUUUCUCCUCUUCAACACCAUGGACUGGUUGGGAAGAAGUAUGACUUCCUACUUCCUGUGGCCUGACCAGCGUGGUCGCCUGCUGCCGCUGCUGGCCUGCCUGCGUUUCCUGUUCAUUCCCCUCUUCAUGCUGUGCCAUGUGCCCGAGCGCGCCCACCUGCCCGUCCUCUUCCCGCAGGACGCCUGCUUCAUCACCUUCAUGCUGCUUUUUGCGCUCUCCAAUGGCUACCUGGUGUCUCUCACCAUGUGCCUGGCCCCCAGGCGGGUUCUGCCCCAUGAGAGUGAGGUGGCCGGAGCCCUGAUGACCUUCUUCCUGGCCCUCGGUCUCUCCUGUGGGGCCUCCCUCUCAUUCCUCUUCAAGUCCCUGCUGUGAGGUAGCCCCGUUUCCUUCCUCGCCCUGCUUGAGUGGGGCUGGGAGCCUUCCAAGGGCCCUGCAGUUGGAGGCUUGGGAGAGGAGGGAGCUGGUCUAGAGGCAUGACUGAGGAACAAAGAGAACAGGCAGAUGGGGCGGAGCCAAGGUGAUCUCAACAACGUCUUCCACACCUGAAGGACUCUCGGGAGGGCCUUUACUAGCCAGCGGCCUCCCCCUCCUGCUUGCCAAGGAAGGGCUGAGACAGGCCAGCAAGGGGGAUGGAAAGGCCCCCAGCUUUUCCAGGUCCCGGACAAUCCUCCAGUAGCUCUGGGAAGGGGCUUUUGGCCACCUGCCUGGGGUGGUUUAGGUGCUGACCUGCCCUGGAGGCAGGGGGAUGGACCAAAUGACCUCUGUAGGCUCCUGUUGGAGAGCUCCUUACCUUGACCACUGUUAGACACCCCCCCCCCUAUUCUAGGGAGCUCCCGGGCUCAGGCCCUGGGGGGAGUUAGGAGUUUCAUUGAGGACCUUUCUUUUAGGGAGCCUGUGGGGAGAGAGGGGAGGACAGAAUGCCAAGUUCUGCCCUGAUUUCCUUUCUUUCCAGAAGAAGUAUUACUAGUGAGGCCAAGCCCACCUGCUGCUGCUGUGAGCUGAGGGAGUGAGGGGUGUGGCCAGGGCCUCUGCCUGAGCUCAGGGAGAGAGCUGAGGCCCACUCCUGGGGCCUGCUCUAGGACAGGAAAGGCAGGGGGGAGUCAAUCAGCAAGCAUUAGGGGCCUCCCCUGUACUGGGUCCAGAGCCUGUCCUCACAGGGCUUCCAUUCUGAAGGGAAAGAUAAGCACAGGGUGAGGACAGAUCACCAGAGACUGGCAGGGAUGGCACUUUGCCAAUGACUCAGGGAAAAAGCAGCUGUGAUUGUGUCCAGGAGCCCUAGCGCCCAUCUGUGCUAGGCACUGGCAACCUGGUUACCUUGCCCCUGCCACUGCCCAGUAUACAAGGCUGCCCACCUGGCCCAGGCCCCGGGGGAGAGCUUCUGGAAGCCAGAGUUCCUGCCUUCCAGUGGGUGCUGUCACACCUCCCAGAAGCCAUUUCCCUUUUCCUGCAGGAGGUGCCUUACCUCUGCCGGGCUUCGGCCCCACAGUGCUCAGCACCUGAGCAGGAGCUCAUACACUUACACGGGGAGGGUGGGGUUUGGUACCUCUAUUUUCAAGGCCCCCCCCACACACACACAAUAAGGAACACUUCAGAAACUGUAGUUCAGAAUGAGUAUCUGAGAAAAAUGGGGAGUCCAGCUCCUUAGAAAGCAGCAUUCCAUCCAUUUAACCAACGUGCAUCAAGCACCUAGUAUAUGCAUGAGGGAGAUAUGAAGUUUAAAGAAAACACAGGACCUGCACUUAGGGGUUUUAUAGUCUGAUUGGGGGAAUGAAGACACAAGCACAGAUAAUCAAUAUGCAUUUAUUAAGUACCUGCUGUGUAUUAGGCACUGCGUUAGGGGCUGAGAAUACAAAAAGAACAAUGAGACAGUCUUUCCCUGUCUACUGGGGGAGACAGCAUGUUCACAGAUAGCACUAGCGAAUCAGAGAGGGCUCAAGUACUGGCUGAGGCUGGAGGCUGGGAUCAGGAAGGUACCCUGGACAGCAGCAUCGGCACGUGUAGGGAAGAUUGGGCUAGGAGCUGAGCUCUUUCCUAUGUGCUCACUGCUGGGGACCCACCCAGCCCCUGCCUUCGGGGAGCUCACAGUCUAGUAGAAAGGUGCGACUCCCCCCCACCCCCCCCCGCCCCAUGCCAACAUCUCCAGUACUGAGGAAAUGCCUUGUACUGAGGGCUUUGGGGGGGAGGGGGAGACUGCAGGCUCAGGGCUUCCCCUCCAGGGAAACGGGGCAGAGAAGGGAAGGAGAGGCGGAGGACCCCAGCUCCACCCAGAAAGUAAUUAUAACUGUAGGGAUCAGUCUGGGAAUGGCAGACUUGGUCAUCUGGAAAGGAAGGCCACAGCUGGGAUAGAGGCUCAGGAGCUGAGGGAGGUUUGCUAAGAAGCCCUUUCCAGGUGAACAGAACACACCAGGAGGAGGGAAAUUAGGGGCUUUUUAGCUUUUAGCCUUGGAUAAGUCAUUUCCCUCUCCGGUCCUCAGUUUACAGCUUGGACUCGGUGAUUUCCAUGGCCCCUAUGACUCUGAGGAGUCCAUGACCCAGGCUAGGUUUCCUCACCUUUUUCCCCCAGGGAUCCCCAGGUCAGCUACUUGUGGAGAGAAGUGAUGUUUGGUGUGGGAAAUAAAUGAUUGAAUUUUUA